AUGUUUGCAGCCGUGGCGACGGGCUCUGGGCGCGCCUUCACAGCCGCAGUUCGCCCGCUGAAACCGAAUACCCGUUUCUGCAAUCGCCUCCGCGGCAGGAGGACCGCAGAGGCUCUCCGGUCAGCGGCGAGGAACGCCUGCUUCGGCUACGCUCUGCCCCUCAAGGCGCAGCGCGCUUCCCGGAGGGUCCCGGGGUCCCGGGGUCCCGAGCUCAUCCGGGGCUCCCUCCUCGGGGAGCGGGUGCUCGGCGUGCCAAGCCCCGCCAGGCCUGCGGGCCCGGGGCCGACAGGCCGGGCGCGCGGGCGGGGGGCCGCACCGCGACCCUGUCAAGGUGACAGCGGACCCCGCCGGAGGAAAGACCAGCAGUCGGGGCGAAAGGCCCAGGCCCCGCGAGGGGGAGGAAGCACAACUUCCUCCGAGAAGCCCGACGGCGGGCGUCCCCAGCGGCCGGAAGAGGCAGAGAGGACCUCCCCCGCCCCGCCCCCGGGCGAGGCGGAGCCCCCGCCGCGACGGGGAACUCGGCUGGAACGCGGCCAGGUCCAGGCGACGGGGGAGGGGAACCAACCGCCAUCUUCCCCCCCGCCCCCGCGCUCAAACCGACACAGUGUGGCCCAGCGGCCACCCCCCUGCCGCGGCCGGCCGGCUCUCGCGAGACCGCGAAGGCCUCUGGGAAAGGCGGGGGAGGGGAGGGCUGGGGAACGAACCCGGGACCCGGGGACUGGGGGCUGGCUGAGGCGGCGAGAGGAGCCUCAGGAAGCAGAAGGGGCGGAGAAAGACACGACUGACGUGGCACGUGGCCAAUCACGAGCGAGGUCGCGCACGCCUCGGGCCAACGAGCGGAGCAGCCUGCUGCGGGGGGCGGGCGCUGGGGCCGAGGGUAGCUUGAGCGCGGCGGCGGCGUUGUUCAGUCAGAGCGAGAACAUUCCAGAGGUGAGUCCGGUGAAGGGGCGGCGGCCCCGCGCCCCCUCCCCAGUCCUCCCCGCCCCCUCGACCCCCGCGGGCCGCUGGCUGGCGGGGAAGGCGCCCCGACGCCCGCGGCUCACGGCGCCGUCUUUCCGCGCCAGGUCGCCAGGCCCCGGGCGCUGA